AUGUUCUUUACUGUUUUACCAUCUUUUUCUUCUUCUGCGUUACCCCACUUCUUCUUUGUUACUAACCACUUACUUCUUCUUUGUCUUCUUCUUUUGUCUUGUUACUUCUCCUCCUCCUCCUCUUCUUCUUGUUUGUCUUCGUCUUUCACCUUCUUUGUCUUCUCCCCUUCUUCUUCUCCUUCCUUCUUUUGUCUUUUUCUUUUUGUCUUCUGUUACUGUUCUUCAUUUUCAUCUUCUUCUUCUUCGUUCUUCCCUCUUCUUCUUCUUCUUUUGUCUUUUCUUUGUCUUCCUUCCUCUUCUCCUUCUUUUCUUCUUCUUCUUCUUCUUCUUUUUGUCUUCUUCACUGCCUUCACUUUUUCUUCCUCUCCUCCUCCUCCUUCUUUUGUCUUUUCUUUUGUCUUCUGUUACUGUUCUUCUUCUUCUUCUUCUUCUUUACUCUUCUUCUUCUUUGUCUUCUUCUUCUUUUUCUCUUCUCCUUCACUUCCUCCUCUCCUCCUCUUCUUAUUGUCUUCUUUAAAUUUUUUUGUCUUCUUAUUUCUUUUUCUUUUCUUCUUCUUCUUCUUCUUUUUGUCUUCUCUUCUUCUUCUUCUUCUUCUUCGUUACUCCUCUUCUUCUUCUUCUUCUUCUUCUCUUCUUCCUUCUCCUCUUCCUUCUUCUUUGUCCUCACCUUCUCUCCUCCUCCUUCUUCUUCUUUUGUAUUUUCUUUUGUUACCUGUUACUCCUCUUCAUUUUCAUCUUCUUCUUCUGCGUUACUCCUCUUCCUCUUUUUAG